GAAGAGACUUCAUUAUAAAAAAAAAAAAGAUAAAUCAGGGGAACUAAAUGGAAAAAAAAUAUAAAUCGUCUGAAAGUGUCCAAAUUCCACUUUCACCCGUCUCGUCUCUCCCCUCCCGGGUCUGUCUACCUCUUUGAUAAUGGCUACAACUUUGUAGAUGCCCGAUCGCGUUCUCCAACCUCCCAAACGCCCUUUCAGUGCAUCUUUUUCUUUCCAACAGAGGAAUCUCGUGGGUGGGGACUGAUGGACGCGACGGAUAAAAGAAACCGUCCCAGAAUGAGGGAGGGAUUAGGUUAGGAAGACAGAGGGGCCAGGUAGGGGAGCAGUUUGCGGUGAAGGGUAGGGGUACGGUUCUGUAGCCGGAGGCGGGGUUCCUGGUUGACAUGAAGAGGCAGUCCGAGGGCCGGUUCCUUCAGACGGCUCUGAACUUUGGAGCGAAGACGUAUUAUCGAGAACCUUAACCACCAAUCGUUCUACCCCGUGUACUGUUAUAUAGUAUCACAGUGUAUGCAACAGUGGUGAUUAGUUGUAAAAUAAUUGCAAAGUGGAUUUCAAAUAUGCAACCAGUGAGUCUUCAGGCGCAGAGGAUCCAGGGACUUUAUCUUCUAGAUAACAACGACAGCUCUGGUAUUCCACAUAGCGCUGACAGCUCUGCUAGUAAUUCUCCUCAUCAUUACGAGAGGUUUUCACCUUCAAAACAUUUGAUGGAUCUCAGUAGCCCUCCGGAACACAGAGAUGACGAGGAGCUUGGAUAUCAAGCCCAUCAUCAUCUUCACCAUCACCACCACCAAGUGGUCUAUCAAGAACCUACUUACUUGAUGUACGAAAACUCUGAUGAGAAAAGGUAUCAGGAACAUCCUAGUAGCAAGAUCCUGAGGGAGCUUCAGACCGACUAUGACAGACGUCCCCAUGAUAAUUCCCCAGGAUUCUUAUCAGAUCAUAGCAGAGAUCACGAACAAAGUCUUUAUUUGACACCAUCGCCACAGAUGUACUCCUCCGGAGGUGAAGAGAUGGCACCUAGGCAAGCACAACAGGGUUACCAUCACAUGGAGGCGGUUGAAUAUAAACCUGAUAUAGAGCAGAGGUGCAAGCAGCCAGAGAAAAAAAAUUAUGGCAGGAAAAGAAAGUCUUGCAAUAGUGAAAACAGUGCUGCCACGACGAAGAGUAUUAGAAGAAAGAGUGGAACUUCUGAAGAAAUACACAUUCAGAGAGUGAUGGCAAAUGUUAGGGAGAGACAGAGGACUCAGAGUUUGAACGAGGCGUUUGCUGCGCUUAGAAAAAUCAUACCCACGUUGCCCAGUGACAAGUUAAGCAAGAUUCAAACGCUAAAACUGGCCACUAGGUAUAUCGACUUCCUGUUCCAGGUGUUGCACUGCAACACGGAAAACACCGAUAACAGCGAGGAUGGUGGUGAGUCUUCCGGUGGAGUUUUAGUUCGCAUUCCUUCAAUUUAUGCGAAAGAAAUCCAAGAAGCGCUGUCCUAGCUGCCAGAGAAAUAACUUCGUCGUCGUGCAGUUACAUGGCCCACGAGAAACUCUCGUACGCUUUUAGCGUUUGGAGAAUGGAAGAUGACUGGAAUUCGAAUCUCUAGAGAAGUCUAUCUGUAUCAUGCUCAACAAGGUAAAAGUUACUUAAACCCCUUAAUCAACGCUUGGACGCUGUGUAAAUACUUCCAUAAACCUCAGGACACAGAGCUUCGAGAUGGCUCGACGAUUAUUUAAUCCCAUGCCGUACAAUUUCCACGAAGUUCAAAUACCGUGUGGUAAACAACAACAACGUUCGAAAUUUUGCAAAUCGUACAGUCGCCAUUGAUAUGUAAAUGCAUGUGUAAGAUACAACUAAUUUUCGUUUGCAAGAUGUUUGAUAAAUAAUUUCUACCGAUUGAGCAUUGAACAAGAAGGAUUUAUUAUCUUGAAAUAAAUAAUAAAUCAAUAACACCGAUGUACUACGUCUCUCAUACGUGUUAUUUAUGUUUGGCCUGAUCGACGUACCGCGUCUCUCGCACGUGUUGUUUAUGUUUAGCCCAAUCAACAUACCACGUCUCUCGCACGAUAUUGUAGGUUAAAGACUAUAGCAUAUUUUCACAAAAGGGUAGAAAUCACGCAAGUUCAUUAUAAAGUCAAGUGUGAACUUAUUUUCGCUGGCACGAAAAUAACGAAAUUACGACUGAUCGGAAGAAGAUAAUAUAAUCUGAUGGUUUGACGACAUUACAAGUACACUGUGAAUACUUGUAUCUAUAGGAAAUUCGAAUAUGCUGAAAUAUACAGGAUGCACGAUACGUGUAAAAAUAUGUAAAAUAUCCAUAGCAAAAGAAGCAUGUGUCAUAUUUAGUUUCAACAUCUUUGGUUGUAUCUAGACGAAUUUGAAUUUUCACGGCUAUUCUAUCUAGUCUAUCAAUUAGCGCGUGAAAGAUGAAAAAUUGAAUUUCUUAUUUCUCAUAUCGCUAUUAAGUGAUAUGUACUAUAUUCUCUAAAGCAAUCUAUAUGGAAAAACCAAAGAUUUGAUUGUGAAGAGAUGCUGUCACACUUGCUGACCGUUGUACAUAAAUAAUUAACAGCAAUUAUUCGUGGUGGAGGGCCAGUGACGUGCUUUAUUGACCGCUCUUUGAAAUAUAAUCGCGACAGUCGACUUUACGCCGCUAUAGAUCAACCGUUAGGUCUAUACGAUAUAAUGUAAGCCAAUAAUUUACGCCUCCACGUCGCUCUAUUAACAGUGGAGUGGCUUUGGCCGGCUAGCCAAUUCCUCCGCAAUUUCUGCACCGUGUGAAAGCGUAUGCAGCAUCUUAUUAACUGAUCUCUUCUCGCUUCCGUCAAUGUGACGAGGUAUCCUCCAAAAUCAUCAUGUUGGUUACGUCGUUGAUCUUUGAUGGAAUUUGGUCAGGGAAGUUUAUUCAUUUUAACGAAUCUAAGUGUCGGAAAUGAUGAAAAUGGUUCAAAAUGAUCUUAUAGUUACAUUAGUAUCCUCCAUUAGUUGAUGCUUUUGGUAUCUGUAAUUUUAUAGUAAACGUGAGCAUUUAUAAAUUUUAAUGAAUCCAAUUAUUGGAAAUAUAUGAUUAAUUUUCAAAUUUGAAUAUUUAAUGAUUUUAUAAUUUCUAUAAUCUUUUAUUUUGCUAUGUAUUACUGUGAUAAAUGAAUUUAUCAAAAAAGAUAGUCGAAGUGGAUACUUUUUAAGAUGUUUGCCUACAAACAUUAGAAGGACUCCCGCGUUACAACGAAGUCACUCAAUGGUCGAUUAUUGCCGAGAUUCCCGAAAUGAUUUUCUCUUGCCACUUUCAUUACCUCUCGAAAGGCUGGCCAGUCCAUUAGGGUGAAUUUAUGAUUCUGGAGGCUUCUGCUCCUAAAUGAAAAUGAAAAGUCAGCUAGGUCGCGUGCUCUGCAAUGGCGAACUAGAGAUACAGAGCAAUGUGAAUAUAAAAUUUCUAUUCUACACAAAUUUUGUGUCGAUUGUUGUUUUUGAAAUUUCUACUACAACUUUUGAUAAUUUGUACAAAUUCGUACCAAUGUAAAUUUCUACAAUAGUCUCGUCGACAAUAAGGAGAAAACUUGUGGCAUUUAUAAUGCAUUUUCCUGACUUUUGAAUUUUAACACGGAAUUUCUACCAAUUCAUAUAAAUAAUUUUCUCAAUUGGAAAUUUCAUUGAAAUUAUAUACGUACAUAUAUAGUAUAAUAAUUAUACAUAUAUAGUAGAAUAUAUACAUACAAUAGUACAUAUAUAGUAGAAUAAUUCAUAUAUAGAAUAAUUUCAAAAUGAUACAACAAGCAGCAGCAGGAAUUCCCUGAACUCGUCCGAUUCUCCUUUCCCAGAUUCACGAUAGACAGUAGCGUCAUUGCUACAAUUUUACGAGUUUUUUUUACGAGCCUCGAUGAUCGUGGCAAGCUAACGUUUCGACGUUGUGGAAACAAGCUCUAACUGCUCCGACGGGUAGAUGAAACUUAAACAAAACAACCGGCAGAGAAGCAUUAACGAGCAUUUUGGCGCCGAUAGGUCGGUCAGAAUCUCAUACAUUUCUUCUUCUCUUUCUUCGUCAUUCUCUUUUAUUCCAAAGAAGAGAACAAUUUUUGACCAGAUAUGUAUCAUACAGUUAGAAUGGAAGUUCUGUUAGACCUUUGUUUCUGGGUUUCUACGUGAAACGCUUCGAAAGCAAACAGUUAUUUUAAACCAAGAAGCCAAGAAGGAAAAGUUAAGCCCGCGUUUGACUUGGUUAACGAAGACACGCUACGUUAAAUCCGCUAGCGUCUUUAUUGCCGCACUGAAUCUUCGUGAAAAAAAGCCUGCCUCCAAACGAGGUGCCAUCAGUGUCCCCCUUGGGAAGCUGUCAGAAUGCUAUUCUCCAUUCUCCGUUCUUUCUUUUUUCCUCGUUGAAAGACCAUACUAGUUUUGGAAGAUGUUUCAUGAAAAAAUACUUGUUUUUAAAGAUUUUUCUUAAAAAUUGUGACUUUCUUUAUUCCGUAUAAUUAUAUCUUUUCAAGUUUCUGUUAAGAACUUGAUUUAUUAGUAUUAUUGGUUAUUAAGCAAUUUAAAUUAGGUGACAAGUAUAAUAUCACUAAAUUUCAAGAUCCAUAUUUGAUAAUGAAGAAUAUAGUAUAAUAUCUUUCUCUUUGUAAGAAGGUCCAAAGUGAUCCAGAAUCCAAGCAUAAAAUGUUAUCUUAUCCGCAAUUAAUCAAGAAAUUAGGCUUUCUUCGCUAUUCAAAAUAAUCUUCUUUUUCUACAGUCUUCAAAGAUUCUACUAAAAAGAUAUAGUAGCUGUGCAUUCCUUUUUAUUGUUUAUCGGUAAUAAAAUUAGUCACCAAAACUGAGCACGAUUUCUUCGCUUCUUCUGGGCUCAAUGCUCAAUAUCUGAAAAAUGAUAAAUCAUUAAUUGGAAUUUUUGACGACGCCUGUAACAAAGUACUCUUCCAUUAAAUUGAAUGUUAUAUCCUGUGUUCAUUCAGGUGUGCACAAUGUUAAUAUCUUGGAUCUGAUUUUCUCACAAUUCAAAACAAUAUGCAUCACGCAGAUAUAUAUACAAUUGCAAAGCAUCGGUGAUUGUAUCAGAUUUUUAUACUGUUGUUUAGUUUUCAAGUGGGCUAAAUGAUAGAACCAAAGAUGGAUUACAUACAUGUAUGUAGUUAAAGGAAGUGGUAUUAGACUACUCAAUAACUUCUAAUCUCAUAAGAACUACGAGAAUUUUGAAAAUAAAGAAACAUUAUUUUACACAUAUAUGUAAAGUAAUCUCGAGUAAGUUUGUUUAUAAAAUCUAUACUUAUGUAAGAACUUAUGCUGCAAAUGAUAGCGCCUUCUUGUCACUAGAUGACCAAUGUUAAUUUUGAACAAUUUACAAUGUAAAACUCGAGAUUGCUAAUGUUCUUCACUUCUGUAUGAAAUCUUUCACAUAAAUUGUACCUUCUAUGAUAGUAGACCCUUUAAUUAUAAGCUUUCAAGAACAUCUCGAGUGCCUUGGACAUACAGCUAAAAUAACCAAAAAUCAUCCUGUACAUACUAGAUCAUGUAGACUUUCCAAAUUGUACAUUCUCAUUGCAAAGAGACUGUAAUAUUUAUAUAAUGCAUGUAUAUUUUCUUACCAAGUUCAUUUUUAACUUCGCUAUCAUAAGUGGCCGGAUGUCGCAAUAAUUUAUUCCUCAUCGAAUUAUCGCCAAAUAAUGUUGUAAAUACUGUAAAUAUUCGAAACUUAUUAAAUAUUAGAAUCUUUUUCCAACUUAGAUCGAAGAAAAAAUUCCUUCGAAAAAUUUUUUCUCAUACAUACAUACAUACAUACAUACAUACAUACAUACAUACAUACAUACAUACAUACAUAUAUAUAUAUAUAUAUAAUAUAUUUAUAUUAUGAGAAUAGAAAUUAUAAAUUAAAAUCCUCGGUGGAGAUCUUCAGUUUAAGUCAGAUAAAAACUUUUCCUUCCAAGUUUAACAUUUCCUUUAAAAUUAUUCUGGAUUUGUUGACUUACACCGAUUGGUCUUUUUAAUUAUACAGAUAGACACGCUCCACUGGGAUAUUUUUAUAUAAUUUUCGAUAUAUUUUUAGUGAGAAUUAACGCAACUUUACAAAAAAGUUUCCUAUGAUAUGUGAACACUUGGAUUUCCAUUCCUUAAAACGAUGCCAAAGUGCAUUUUUUAAUGCUAUCUAUCAGCGUGCACCUGCACGACUUUCUAAUGUACAGUAUUUUUAUAUCUAUUGCGAGAAUAGCAAUAAAAUUGACUAUUGAAUA